AUGGCAGAUAAUACAUCUACAUCAAGUUUAUCAUCUAGAUCUAAUGUAUCACUUGGUGGAAGACCUCCUGCAGAGGUUUGGAAACAUUUUAUUAAAGGAGACGAAAUUGGUCCUGGAAAAUAUACUGCAGCUUGUAGUUAUUGCAAUGAAUUUUUUUCUCUUGGAAUGCCUUAUAAAAUGAAGAGCCAUUUAUCUAACCAUUGUCCAACAUGUCCUCGAGAAGUCAGGCGUUUUUAUCUUAAUAAGAUAUCUACUCUAAAUAAGCCAACAAAUAAAAAAGAAUUGAACAACCUUGAUACUACACAAAUGACUUUAUCAAAAUUUUAUGAAAGUACUGAACUUACUAAAGAAAGAUAUUUUGACAAUCUUUUUUUUGAAGAAUCUGAACAAGUUUUCAAUUGCUCAAAUGAAAAUAAUAAUAGGAAAAGAGUAGGAGAUAUUAAAAAUAGACAAAAUAACAAAACUAAAAAAAGCAAAAGGAGUAAAAUAAUUAAUAUUUGUGAAAGUGAUGAUGAAUAUCAAGAUGGCUUAAUGGAAUCAGAAAGAAUUGACAAUAGAAUUUGUAAGAAGGGAACAAAAGAAAAAAAUAGUAGUAAAGAUAUGGAAGAUGAUGAAAAGGAUAAUAGUGAAGAGGAAAAUAGUGAAGAGGAAAAUAAUGAAGAGGAAAAUAGUGAAAAGGAUAAUAGUGAAGAGGAAAAUAUGGAAGACGAAGAUAAGGAAAGUGAAGAUGAUAAUGAAAAAAGUGAUGAUGAAAGCGAAAAAAGUGAUGAUAAAAUUAAUAAAUCAGCAGCAACUAAAAAAUUCAAACUUCGCAAUCGUCAAGAUAUAUCAUAUAAAGUAUAA